UUUUGGAUUUAAUCUUCUGAUCUAUUUCAUUACAACUAUAUAUUGGAUUGAUUAAAAUCUCAUCAACUAUUAGAACUUGAUAUUAAUUCAAUGGUUACAAUAAAAUUACAAGAUUAGGCAAACAAAUUAGAUUAAAUUUUUAGGUCUAAAUAGCAUUACUCAUAGUUCCUUGAUUUAGGUUAAGGGAUUCUUGAAUCGUUGGCCUGGAAUAGGUAUAAAUAGAAGAAAAUAGAUUGAUAACUAUUAUUAGAGAUAAAUUAUGUCCUCGAUGGAUCAUUAAUUUUUUCUGGUAUAUGAAAUAGAGGAUUUCUCUAAGUUGAUUAUCAGGAAAUCUCGAAUGAAAACUUUUGUCUUUAUUUCAAUAAAGGGAACACGGGUUUUUUUGUUAGAAGAAUUUUAUUUAUCUUUCUUAAUGUCAUGUUUUGUUUGGAAUUUUGUGGUUUCAGAUGCGGUGAAAAUGAGAAUGAAGUUGAUAAAUCAACCGACCCUAAUCUGCUACACUUACCGAUGACUAAUGGUUCCUUAGAACUGUUUAGACAUUUUGCUAAACAAAUCAAUCUUGAAGAUAUUGAGAGAGAGGCAGAGCUCAUCCAUUGGAGUCAUGAGCAUCCACUAAUCCUUUUUGAUGUGCAAAAGGACGAUGAUAUCAAAGAUGAGAUUACGUUAUGUGAUGGUUGCGUGCAACCAAUAUCAUUUCCAUUUUACUGUUGUAGUCAAUGCAACUAUUUUCUCCAUUUAAGUUGUGUCAACUUACCACGGGAAUUGCGGCACCCAAUUCACCAUGAACACCCAAUGGUACUUUGUCAGGUUAUGAAAUUCUACAAGACCUUCUUGUGCGAUGCUUGCUGCGUAUGGACAAAUGGAUUUUACUACAACUGUGAAACAUGUAAAUUCAUCCUUGAUGUCAAAUGUGCUUUCCUACCUACUUCGAUUGCACAUCAAGCUCACAAGAAUCCAUUGGUUCAAAUGAAAGGUUCAAAACAUCUCUGCAAUGGAAGUGGUUUCAGCUUCUCUACAAGCGGAUUUAAAUGUGAUGAUUGCAGGUUCAAAAUAUCUCACGACAGUGCUCUACUCCCAGGUACCAUCAGGCAUAGAUUGGACAAACAUCCCCUAAUCCUGUGUUAUCCUCCAUUUUUUAAGCAUGUUGAUGAGUUUCACUGUGAAAUAUGUGAGAGAGAAAUGAAUCCCAGCUAUUGGCUCUAUUAUUGUAGUGAUUGCGAUCAAUCGUUUCAUCUUUUAUGCAUUAAAGAUUACUAUUCAAACGUCAAGUAUGGAGGUACCAUUGAAGUUAAUUGUCAUCCACACUCUCUGGCAUUUGUACGAAAGGCAAGGAAGAGGUUCUCGUAUUGCAGUUGUGGUCAUUCUUAUGUUAGAGUUAUCUUUGUUCAUACUGAUAUUGAUAUUGAGUGUCCCAUAUUCGAAUGUGGAGAGUGUAAUUAUACAUUGUGCUUAGAUUGUAUCUGAGUUCUAAUGGUUGAGUGGAUCAUGAAAUUGUAUUAUUGGUUAAGCAAUGUUGUCGUCCACCCUUAAAAGAGGAUAAUGCUUCAACAAAGAAGAGCACAAUGAAUAAUUUGAUCUCUCUCCUCGCCCUUCCUCCCUCCCUCUCCCUGUCAGCGCUCUCUAAAUGUACAGACAAAUAAUGUAUAUAAAAUUGAGG